AUGUCCGACGGCGAAGCCGACAUCGCAGACGUCGAGCCCGAAGUGGACGCGCGCAGCGAGGUGCGGGAGCAGAGCGACGCCUCGCGCGUAGCGGACCUGCGGCGGAACUCCACAAUCACCAGCUGCCGACCGGAAGGAGUUGUCCGACAGCGUACUUUGGCGGCGGUUUCUCUACAUGAGAGCGUCCCUCCGAACCGAUGGGGCGUUACCUACAAUGACAUCACUUUCCUAAAGGCGGAGGUGAAAGCGCGCAUAAAAAGAGGCAGUCUUGGGCCAGUGCGGCCCGAUGAGAUGAAGUUUGGGCCCAGUAUUUACAUGGUCAACGACCAGUACAUCAAGCCCAUAACCUUCGAGGCUGGGAAGAUGAGUUGGGCGCUGAUGCGGAACCCCACAGGCCUUGACAGCGACCUCUUCAUCAGUCACGCCUGGGAGGAGGGGCUGUUCGAGUUCGUGGAGAAGGUGCAGAGCUCCUGGCCCCGGAAGGCCCGGCACGCUUGGUGCUGCAUGCUGGCGAACCCCCAGCAUCUCAACAUCGAGAGGAUGCUGGAGACCCCGCAGGGCUCGCCCUUUGCGGUGGCACUGGAAAGUGCCACCUACGUCCUGGUGGUGCCCAACCGCCAGCGGAGCAUCUACACCAGGCUUUGGUGCGGCUAUGAGGCAUACUUGGCGCACAACGACAACAAGAUCAUCCUCAUUGCCCACAGCUCAAAUCGAUUGAGCAUGACUCGGGUGCUGUGCGUGAUGAGCGCUUGUGGCGCGCUGGGCAUGUGCUUGGGCGGUUUGAUCAUGAAAGCGUCGCCGAACCACCCCAAGCUGAAGAUGGAGAUGAGUUUCUUCAAUCUCUUCAUGGGUUUCGCCGUCCUUGCCGGGGCUUUGAGCCUAAUGUGCCGUAACCACUGGGUACGCCUCGUUGCCAAUGGUCUUGGGGUUGCCAGCAGUACCUGCGCCUUGACAAGCGCCAACGCCAUCGAAUGGCCUGAGCACUUUGUGUCCUCCAUCGGUGAAGAGGGCAAGCUCGUGUUCUGGUCUGGGCUGGUUCUCUUCUUUAUCCUGAUGGAAGUUGACCGAGUGAACAGCGCAACCAUUAGGUGCGCGGGAACGGAACUCAUGAGGCAUUACGAGGGCUCGAUUACCCACGCGAAAUGCUCGCUGGCGAGAGAUGAGGAUCGUAUACGCAGCCAGAUCAACAGUCAUAUAUCUGAAGUAGAUGCUGCCAUUAGCGUGCUGACAGAGGCAGGGAUGUCAACCCAUGCUUUGAGGCAAGCUGAUGCGAAAGGAGCCGACAUCGAGGAUCUCGCACAUUCGCAGAUCGCCGUGCCCGUGACGAUCUUGGGAUCGAUGGGUGUGCUGUCGGGCCUACGUCUGCGGACAGAACUGGCCCAGCACAAGAAUAUUGAAAUGUGCGUGAUCAACGGGCUGGCUCUUGCUGCUCGACUACUGAUCAUGCUCCAGUUUUGCAGGAGCAAUGUGGAUGACAGAUGCUUUAUGUUGAAGAUCAUUUCCAAGUUGAUGUUGCUGGUUGUCUUGUGGCUUGGAGUGUGCGUCAUCCUUGGCUUUGCGUCCAUCGUUCCCAACAGUGCCAUUGGCGACUACUUCCAGUACGUGUAUGACGGCAGCAUUCUGCUUAUGGCAGUGUUUUCUCUACUGGGCAUACAAGGCACCACAGACCUGCCUGGUGGCAUUUUCCUCCUGCGGCUGCUGCUUGCCCGCGGCUGCCUUCCUUCGCGGCGCCGCUACGCCCCCGCUGAGACCGAGUCAGAGAGCUCAGAGAGCUCUGAUGUGGAAUGUACCACCUCACCGGCGCGCCGGACGCCACUGUUGUCGAUUCCAAGAAGGCUUUGGAAGGACCUGCCGUUCGUGUCCAAGGUGAUCUUCAUCCAUGGCGUUCUGGACAUUUUGGUUCCAAACCCCAUGACCGCUGCUCCGCUCUUCCGAAUCUUCGAUUUGCAGCACAGGAGCAAGAAGAAGCGAGGAUGGGCUUGGCUCUUUUUCAUGUUCGGCUGUAUGAAGAUACGGGGCUCUUUGUCAGAUGAGCUCACUGCCGCGCACGUGGCGGGCUGGGCCUACUUUUGGCAGGCCUUGUCCAUCUCAGUGGAGGGCUUCUGGCACCGCAGCAUCCCGCGGGCCACAAAGGUGCUUAGUUCCCAUAUCGGCUUCUGCGUGGCCGUGUUCGCGUACCUCCAGGUGCAGAAGUGGCGGCACGCGUCCGAGGCCGUGGCGGACGGCCAGCCUGACGGGGAGCCCGUGCUGGCGCCCAGUGCGCCGCCGAAGACGACGCUUCUCUCGGCCACCCGGCCAAAUGGCAAACCUCGGGCCUCCCACCACGCCUUGGCUGCGCUGGCACUUCUGGGCGAUGCGCAUCAGUCGCCAGUUCGGCGUCAUGGCAGGCCGAGAACGGAGGGGGACUCCUCGUCUCUCCAGACAAGCAGCAGGUUAUUCACAUCACUCACCCAGCUGUACCCUUUCUACCAUAGCUCUGAGGAGCUGCAAGCUGAGGCGCGGCGUGUGACGGCCGGCUGCGAGGCCUCUCUGCGCAGCGUGGCGCAAGGUAACGUCUCCAUCGACGUGGCGAGGGUGAAAGCGUAUCCUUCGGCUAUGAAGAUGAUCAGGGCGCCACGUCUGUGUUCAACAGGGUCAGGCGACUUUGCGGCUGGCCCGCCUGGGAAUAGGGAGCCGGCAGAGGAGGAGGCCUCGGUUCAGCAGGGCGCGUUGCCGAGGACUCCCGUUGUUGGACGCCAACUAUGGCGUCCAGCUUUGAAUCCGGCUGAUGGCAGUGCAUACGGCAAGCAUAAACCUGCCAUCGCCAGAAUUCGACAUCCGUGCAGUUCCCAGUGUUUGAGUUGCAGUUUUGGUGCUGGUGACAGCCCGCUUUUUGCAUCCUUCUUGGCACCAACUUUGUUUAGGGUUGCUCCGAGCCUCUAA